AUUCGGUUCCUGUGAAGUUUUUUUGUUGGGGGGACCUGGGGUGAACAAGGUAUUCCACCAUAAUGUAUAGAAUAAUACAUGUCCGUGGGGCUAAUCCGUGCUUAUCAGUUUCUUUGCAACUGCAUAAAAUAAACCCUCAUCUUAGCAAAGACUGUUUUAGACAAUGUGGCUGAACCGGCUCAGUGAUGCAUAUCUGGUGGGCAGGGUCGGACUGGGGGGUGAAGGGCCCCCCUUAAUUAUGAAAAAAUCAUAAUUAAAAAAAAUGUUUUACACGUACACUUUAGAAUAAAGCGAGCAGAAGAAAUGACAACAAAAGAGAAAGUUAUGCGCCUAAAUGGAGGAUAUCUUCAGUAAGUAAUAGGGUUUUAAAAAAAAUGGAUAGUUCAGGCAAACUAAUUUUACAUUUAUUAAAAGUGUUGUAUGGGAGCCUUUCUACCUUCCCACUAAUACUGAGUCAUUUUUUAUUGCAAGACCUCUGUUACUAGAACGUUUAAUAUGUUAGUUUUUCCCACCCAGCUUUUUAGAAUAAAGGAACUUGGCACCUAUGUAAAUAAGGCAUUAAAUGGAAAGGUAUUGUGUCUGGUUGAAAAACUGGGAUGUCUUGUUUAAAACUGGCCAGGUGGCAACCUUAUUAAUUACACGCAGAUAUAAAACUGCAGGGUGCUGUUCUAUGAGCAUGAUUCUUAGUGUCUCCUUUAACUUUAACACAUCAUAGAUGAAUCUUUCACAUACUGUACUUUUAGUGUAGGUGGGGCGGAAGUAUUUUCCUGUACAUAUAUACAUAUAUACUCACAGAAAGUGAUCAGACUAGGUUGCUAUGGCAGGGUGCUGCAAGCAAUACACCAGUGGAUGGAAAUUUCCCACAGUUCUUCUCUGCCUCUAUGGAUUAUUUGCUAAUCUUAAACCUUUGGAUCCAUUUUUUAUUGCAUAUCUUGUUGGACCACAUCAUAACCUCACAACUGAACAGGUGACAGGCGUUGUGUUUCCAGUGUGGACUUACAGCUACCUGGCAUUGCUGGUUCCUGCAUUCCUACUAACAGAUUACCUGCGUUACAAGCCAGUCAUAAUCCUGCAAGGCCUUGCAAUUACCACCACAUUGCUCUUACUCCUGUUUACCCAUGGUGUUCCAGCUAUGCAAGCAAUGGAUUUUGUCUAUGCUGUUUGUACUGCCUGUGAUCCAGCUUACUAUGCCUACAUCUACAGUGUGGUUGGCUCAGAACAUUACCAGAGGGUGACUGGUUUCUGCCGCAGCAUAACGUUGGUGGGUUGUACUCUUGGCUCUGUGAUUGGACAAAUGCUAGUGUCCUUGGCUGGGGUGUCAUACUUCAAUCUCAAUAUAAUUUCAGUGACAUCAACGUCGGUGGCUCUUUUGUGCUCUUUGUUUCUCCCCAUGCCCAGUAAGAGUAUGUUUGUUCACAGGACGAUGGCAGAAAACACAAUAGAAAUGCCACCCGUAGAGCUAGAAUCUCCUCAUUCAGAGCAAACACAAAGUGCCACUGGCACAGAAAUUGAGAGCAAGAGUACGGGCAGUAAUAAAUGCCUACAGGUAUUUGGGCGCCUGGGUAAAGAAAUGAAAGAGUGUUACUCCUCUAUGAAGAUCUUGUACUGGUCCUUGUGGUGGGCCUUUGCCACAGCCGGAUAUACCCAAGUAAUAAAUUAUAUUCAGCUUCUAUGGGAACACGUGGAACCUUCUCAGAAAUUUUCUAUAUACAAUGGGGGAGCUGAGGCUAUAUCCACAUUUCUCGGUGCCAUUUUGUCUUUCUCGGUGGCAUAUGUGAAGGUGAACUGGGACGUGUUUGGAGAACUGGCUCUUACCAUUUUCUCUGCCAUUGAUGCCGGAGCCAUCUUCUUCAUGGUUUACAGCAGAAAUAUCUGGAUGUGCUAUGCUGGAUACAUCAUUUUCAAAUCCUGUUACAUGCUCCUCAUCACCAUUGCAACGUACCAGCUUGCUGUUAAUCUAAGCAUGGAACGUUAUGCACUGCUGUUUGGCUUCAACACCUUUGUUGCUCUGGCUCUUCAGACCAUCCUGACUCUCAUUGUGGUGGAUCCUCGAGGCCUGGCAUUGGACAUUGUAACACAGUUUAUCGUGUAUGGAAGCUGCUUUUCUGUUAUUGCUGGGAUCAUUCUUGUGAGGAGCAUGUACCUCUUGAUACCCCUGUACUGCAAGGGACCCGUCAGUCACCUACACAAUGCAGUAACAGCCAGAACUAAUGAUUGUGGGCUAAAUGCCCCUGCACCCGCCUGAACCAAUACUGCUCAUACAGGGCACAUACAGUCACUGGGACAUCAUUCCCUUGUCUAGGUCGGCACUUUAUAGCCCUUAAUGUACCCUUUAAUCUUAUGAGAUAAGGGAGAACUCUUGUUUCAGGUGGUAGAACAAGUGAGCCGGCUGUGCUACAGGAAGUUUUUCCUUUAUAAACCUGCUCAGCUACAUUUUAAGUAACUGGUCUGUGCACUGGACUGGUGGCUGAGACACAAAAGCCAUAAAUAACCUGUAAAAUAUAUAAAUGUAUUCUUAUAAACAGUAUUAAAGGUGCUGCAUGACUCUUUAUGCUGCAUGACUCUGCAUGAACUUUAUGUAUUGCAAGCGUAAAAUAUAAUACUUGAAGAAAUGUUUGAUACCACCUAAGGGAUUAAAUACAUUUUGUUUUAUUUUUA